CGUAAUUAGGGCUGGGAAAGUGGGAGUGGUGUCAAUGAGCAGGCAAGCUAACAGACUCUUCUGCUCAGCAAGGUUUCGCCACAGGUCUCUAGUUCUUCGUGUCGGACCCAUUUCAUUGAUUCAUUUACCAGGAUUAUACCCUUGCAAAGAUGACAAUGGAUGCUCUGCAACUAGCAAACACUGCCUUUGCUGUUGAUAUGUUCAAAAAGCUAUGCGAGAAGGACAAAACAGCCAAUAUUGUCUUUGCCCCACUGUGUACCUCCACGUCUUUGGCUCUGGCAUAUAAAGCUACAAAGGGUGACACUGCAGACCAAAUGAAAAAGGUGCUCCAUUUACAAGAUGUCAAAGAUGUUUCUUUUGGGUUUCAAACGGUAACUGCAGAUGUUUCCAAACUCACCUCUUUCUUUGCACUGAAAAUGGUCAAGCGGCUCUUUGUAGACAAAUCUCUCAGUCCUACCACAGAUUUUGUUAACUCCACAAAGAGGCCUUUUCCAUCGGAGCUGGAACUAGUGGAGUUCAAAGAAAAAACUGAGGAAACACGACAGAAGAUCAACAAAUCUCUCUCAGAGCUAACCGAUGGCAAAAUGGAGAAUAUUUUGAAUGAGGAUAGUGUAAGUGACCAGACUCAGAUCCUCCUAGUUAAUGCAGCUUAUUUUGUCACAAACUGGAUGAAGAAGUUCCCAGAGGCAGAGAUCAAAGAAUGUCCUUUUAAAGUCAACAAGACUGAAACUAAGCCAGUGCAAAUGAUGAAUCUGGAAGCUACGUUUUGCCUGGGUUAUGUAAAAGAGUUAAAUGUUGCAAUCCUUGAACUUCCAUGCCUUAACAAACAUAUCAGCAUGCUCAUUCUGCUCCCCAAAGACAUUGAAGAUGAGACGACCGGCCUGGAAAAGCUGGAAAAGGCACUCACCCCUGAGACAUUGUUACAGUGGACCAAUCCCAGCAUAAUGGCCAACACCAAAGUGAAUGUAUUUCUUCCAAAGUUUAGUGUGGAAGGUGAUUAUGACCUGAAGCCACUCCUGGAAAGCCUCGGCAUGACAAAUGUCUUUGAUGAGAGUGCAUCAGAUUUCUCUGAAAUGUGUGAAACCAAAGGUGUGGUUUUGUCGAAGAUCAUUCAUAAAGUCUCUUUGGAAGUAAACGAACAGGGUGGAGAGUCUCUAGAGGUACCAGGAUAUCGGAUUCUGCAACACAAAGAUGAAUUUAAAGCUGACCAUCCGUUUAUCUUUUUGUUUAGGCACAACAAAACUCGCAAUGUGAUUCUUUCAGGCAGAUUCUGUUCCCCUUAAGCAGGGAAUAUUAUGAAAAAACACGAUUACAUUUAUGGUGAUGCAUGUUCCUGUAAAGCUUGGUGUCCUGACUAUCACCUUUGAAAGGAAUUCUAAGAGGUUCAUAUGGCAGCAGGGUAGUACAAUGUACUCUACAUAUGCAGCAGAACUAAUUUCCUUUUAUUAAUCCCCUUAAACUGAAGGAUUCCCACUGUGCAGAAUGAUAUUUUACUAAGAAGUAUUCCAUCCUUAUCCACAAGAAUAUUUUGUUCCUCUGUGACACCUUUUUCCAAAACCAAAUGAACAAAAAGCCUGUUUUCGAAAGACCAGGAGCUGGAAAAGGCUCUGGGGGGAAGAGUUGCGUUCCUGUUUCAUAUCCAAAACACCUCGAGACUCAUACUCAGUGGAUUUCUAGUGUAUAAAAGGGGAAAAUGUGGACAUGUGAUGUGAUAACCCUCCUCUUGUACCUGGCUAUAGUUGGUGACCCAGGGUGCCCUGCUGGACCCUGCUGAGGCACGGUGAAAUAGUACAGCUAAACAACUCAGAGUUUGCAUCUGUGAAACAGCAGCUGCACGUAUGGAUGCAAGAGGCAAUAAUAAAACAUCUAGAAGACUCUUCAGUGUGAGCUACAUCAGUUUGUAGGCUGAGGAGGUUGCACUCCACUGCGUGGGAUUUUUUCACUCAUUCUCCUUCAGACACGGCAGAGGUGACCAGUUCACUGCAGCUGAGAGGAACUCUGUUAUAUAUAUCCUGAGAAAAAGAAGGUUAUGCAGUUCUAGGAUAGAUAUCACUUGGAUUAAUAUUGAAAGUGCCACACUCUUCAGAUAGAUUUUCUGUUGCUUCUGGAUUCAGCAUCAAGAAGGCUUCACACAUUUAACUAACCUCUGGGGUUCAAGAAAGAAAUAAAGACUUUGGCUUGAGUAAGAUUAACAUUGUAAUUACCAGUCUCCAAAUUCUAUAUGAAAUUAUUGUAACUAGUUUUUCAUUUCUAUCUGAAGACUGCCUGCUGCAUAUGUUCAGUACUCAUUUACCUAAUCACUGUUCAGAAUAAAGCACUACAAAACCUGUGUCAAAUGUCUGUAGUACAUC